CCCCACCGCGGCCGACUCGGAGCCGGGUUGCCCGUCCCAGCCCUGAAGUUCUGUAGGUGGGGCGGGCUUUAAUUUGCUUAUAUCUAAUGAUUUCAGGAGCCUCGCUUUAAAAUGGCGGCAUUGAGUAUCCACCCCUGCUAGAGGCUCUCCCGGCACCGGGGCCACCUCGCGCAGCGCUGCUUUUGCUUCUGCCGCUAACAGAUGGCAUGUGCCGCUGUCGCUGCCGCUGCCCCCGCCGCUGCCGCUGAGAGCGGGACCCCUUAGGCUCUGGGUUCGCAGUAGCAGCCGAAGGUUUCUGGAAAGUGCCUUUUCUGAAAACUCUGCUGAUUGGAUUCCACUUUCGAGCUGCCUCUUUAUAAACCCCUCUCCCUGCCACCAUCACUGCCACCUCUCCCCACCCGGCCCCCCCCAAAAAACCCUGGUGUGCUUAUAGUUCAUUCUCAGCAACUCGUUCAUUCUUUUUUUCUUUGAUUCUCAAUUUUCAUAGUCAUUUUUCCUCCUCCCGAUUUUGCAGCCAAAAAAAAAAAAAAAAUUGCAGUUGUAACAUCCUACCAAUCUUAAUCUUUAAAGCCAAGAGAUAGGUAAGAUAGGUAAAAAAACUUUUCUCCCCUUGACCUGAGACCAUUCCACACAUUGACAGGCAGCCAGCAGCAUAUGCUUUUUGCAAGAAUAAUUGAAAAUAUCAACUGGAGAGCACAGAAUCCUUUUGAAACUCUGCCAGUUAUUUGAAGUAACUUCAGCAGAGGAAAAAAAUAAAGCACUCAAUAUCUUAACCUUGAUGGCUGCCUUCUUAGGAGUUGGUCUCUGAUUUUUAGUUUUUCUGAUACAAUUUUUAUUUUAUAGUGGGCUUUUUGUUUGACUAGACCAAAUUUGACUUAAAUGAAAACUUAAGUGCUAACAAAGAAACAUUUCACCAAAGCAACCAGUUAUCUCUUCACAUUUAGCUUGAAUUUAUUUUUAACCUUUCAACAACAGCAGUAAUAGUGUUGUAGAGAGGGUGCACUUGAUUUUAACUUUGCUUUCAAUAUGACGGCUGUCAAUGUUGCCUUGGUUCGUGAUACCAAGUGGCUGACUUUGGAAGUCUGUAGAGAAUUUCAGAGAGGAACCUGCUCUCGAGCUGAUGCAGAUUGCAAGUUUGCCCAUCCGCCAAGAGUUUGCCAUGUGGAAAAUGGUCGUGUGAUGGCUUGUUUUGAUUCUUUAAAGGGUCGGUGUGCUAGAGAGAACUGCAAGUACCUUCACCCUCCUCCGCAUUUAAAAACGCAGCUGGAAAUUAAUGGACGGAACAAUCUGAUUCAACAAAAGACUGCUGCAGCCAUGUUCGCCCAGCAGAUGCAGCUUAUGCUCCAAAAUGCCCAAAUGUCAUCACAUAAUUCUUUUCCUGUGACUCCAUCCCUGGCACCUAAUCCUGCCAUGGCUUUCAAUCCCUACUUACCUCAUCCUGGGAUGGGCCUGGUCCCUGCCGAACUUUUACCAAAUGCGCCUGUGCUGAUUUCUGGAAACCCGCCUCUCCCACUGCCAGGACCUCCUGGUCCAAAACCGAUGCGUACAGAUAAACUGGAGGUGUGCCGUGAAUUUCAGCGUGGAAAUUGUACCCGUGGUGAGAGCGAUUGCCGCUAUGCUCACCCUACAGAUGUUUCCGUGAUUGACGCAAGCGAUAAUACCGUGACCAUCUGCAUGGAUUAUAUCAAAGGUCGAUGCUCCCGGGAGAAAUGCAAGUACUUUCAUCCUCCUCCGCACUUGCAAGCCAAACUCAGGGCAGCUCAUCACCAGAUGAACCAUUCAGCUGCCACUGCGAUGGCCCUGCAGCCUGGUGCAUUUCAACUGAUACCAAAGAGAUCGGCACUUGAAAAGACCAGUGGUGCCACCCCGGUCUUUAAUCCCCGUGUUUUCCACUGCCAGCAGGCUCUGACUAACCUGCAACUCCCACAGCCGGCAUAUAUCCCUGCAGGGCCAAUACUGUGCAUGGUACCCGCUUCAAGUAUUGUGCCCAUGAUGCACGGUGCUACACCUACCACUGUGUCUGCAGCAACACCAUCUGCCACCAGCGUUCCCUUCGCUGCAACAGCUGCAAGCAAUCAGAUACCCCCAUUAUCAGUAGAUGAACUGAAUAGCAGCAUGUUUCUUUCACAGAUGUAGAAGUUACCAGUAGAACAUUGAAAUUCUGAACAACAGAGUUACGGAGUAUCAGAAUCUCUCCGUGAGAACCUCCAUAUGGCCUUUCUAUAUAUAUUCACGUAUGUCCUCUUCUACCAACACAACAAUAAGCAUGGUGCAGUCAAUAUAUUAAACAAAACAAACAUACCAACCAACAAAUUCGAAUAAAAACCAAAGCAUCAAACAAUCAAUGGAGAUGUUAAAACACCAACAGAAAACUAACAACUACCAUCUAUCUAUCUUAUUUGAAUUAUUAGGUAGAACACCAUAACAUUUUGUAAUUUAUCACACUAUUCUUUGUGAUUUUCCAAUAACCAUUAUGCUGAGUGGAUCUCUACAGUGGACUGCUGGCUUAUUGUGCAUUCUUGGUGGAUAAAUGUUCGGUCUGUUUUGAAGUGUUACUUUACCGUUUUUGUUUACACAGUAGUCUAUUGGUUUGAUUCAGAAUGUAACAAAUAUAUCCAAUACCAUUUUCCCCAUUAUUGUAUUGUAUUGUAUUGUGGUAUGUUGUGUUAGGUUUUUACAUACUAUAGUGUUUUGCUGUAAUGUGUGGUGUUUGAUUUUAACUAAAAUGUUAUUAAUGGGAAACAGAAACACAUGUGCUUGAAAAACAUGACAGGUUAGUGUUGAUAUGCUCUCUCUCUCUCUUUAGAAUAUUUCUGUAGGUUUCUUGAGGCAGACGUUUAAAAGGCCUCACUUUCGAGUGUGUCCGAAACCUGUUCAUAAACAUACAUGUGUAUAAUUUGUACCUGUAGAUCUAACCUUGCAUAGUACAGUCACGUUACUGGAUUUUUUUGUGAGAGAGAAAUAAUUACCUGAAAAUAACAGGGAACUUCUUAAAACAUUAACCCAAAUUUCACUCCUUAAGUAGAUUGAAAAACUAGACUUUACCUUUAAUUUCUCAGCAUAUAUACUAAAAAUUAUGUAAAGUGCCCAUUACAUUUUUUGUGGCUCAAGGAUCCUGUCUUCUAGGUUGAGUGGCUAAAACUGAGCCAUUUGUCAUUUUCAGCUGAAAAAUUGGUUCUUGGAAGCUUAAAGGUAUUCUAAUGACAGGUUAUAAAUUAAGCAGAGAGAGCGGGGCUUGGAGCUAGCUUUUACAUAUUGGAGGAAAGUGUGUAAAAACCAUUGCAGUGUAACCUUUGAUACAGGUGCCACUUUCUGAAUGCAAAUGGCUCAGGCUCUUUAGCCUACUCUUUGAAUAAUAAGUAAGAUGCAGUCUGGAAAAGUCAGUCAGGGUGAAGGAGAAUUGGUUCCAAGUGAGGCCUUUCCUCCCCAAAUGGACAGUCUCUUCUGUUCAUCACAGCUGGAGUCUGAGUAUAGAUUUGGAGAAAUGGCGGGACUGGGGAGGGAGGUAGGGAGCCACUUGAAAUUACUCUUCGAUUUAUUUAAAAGUUCUAAGAAGGAUGUCCACAGUUGUCUUUAGCCUCAGUUCAGCUGAGUUUCUAGUUUUGUUAAACAUUUCAGUGAAGGAGCAAGUGCCUGUGAUAUAAUAUGUUAAGUGUUGCCCUUCCCAAACUUUAUUAACAGCAGAAUCUCUCAUAUCAUAAUCAAGCCUCUUUUUUGUUUGUUUGGAUUUCUUUGUUUUUAUAUGUUUUGAAAAUUAUAAUAGAGACGAAUAGAGAGGUCUGUAACACCCUUCGGAUGAGACAGAGUGGCUACACUCCACAGAGCUGACCUGAAUUCUCGUUACUAAUACUUUUGAAAUAAUGGUAUAACCAAGUAAAAUAGUAGUUAAUUCCUAUGGCAUGUCACACACUUCUUCCACCCUACUCAGUAAUUAAAGUUACUAUUAUUAAUCAGUGGUAGAACCACAUGAUAGUUUGCAUUGACUUAGAUAGAUUUAAUAUUUUCUACUAAAUAUGUGUUCUCUCACUGGAAAGUAUAAAAUCAUCAAAUUUGAUGUAUAUACCAAGUUUAUUUUUCUCCUUCAUGAAAAUGACAAGCAAAGGGAAAAUCUGAUUUAGGAUACCUUAAGCCGGCUAGUAGUGUUUGAAUCACAGAACAGUGGAACUGGCAAAACCUUUUCACAGCCAGGGCAUGUGAUUCGCCCAGGGCUGCCUAACUACUUGGUAGCAGCUGGACCCAGAAAUAUCUCCUGACUCCUGGUUGUUCGCCUUUUUCACAUUGUUUGUGCUUCAGAACCUUUGAGACUCCAUCCCAAAGCAGAUCAUUUUGGCUCAGAAUACAAAAGAGCAAAAUUAACUCCUCAGUAGCUGAUAUCCUGUUGAUCUUAAUUAGCAAUCCAAAUCAUGAUCAUCAGUGAUUUCUAAAUGGUCUUGCUUGUAUUGAGCCAUUGUCAUCUGCUAACAAACAGUAUUGUCUGGAGUUAGAGAGCAAGAGGUGUCUUGACUUUUACCUUUUGGUCCUUUGAACCACUUAAUUUCUGUUUCCCAAAAUCUUAACAUUGCUAGAGAAGAAAGUAGAAUAUGCCUUUGUGAAAUUACUUGUAUUUGGAACUGAGUUUUGUAAAACCUGUGCUGGUGCCUCUCAGGAAGGGCAGAUUUGAUCACAUGAAUCCAGGAGGGAUGCACCUGAGCUACUCUAGAUGUAUUCCUUAAAAGCGACAGAGACAUUUUCAGUGUGAAAUGAACUUUUUUGUCAUUUGACAUUUUGAUACAACAUACUGUCUCACUUAACUUUUUAAACUUCUGACAAAGAUGUACAUGGACAGUAAACCUAGAGUACAGCUGUUUGCAUGUUGCCUUAAGCACUGGAAGACAUGAAUAAUGACGUAUUUUUUAGUAAGAGGUUCAGUGAGAGAUAUUCAGGGUAGUGGUAUUUUUGGUGCAACAAUUUUUGAUAUUGUUGGCAUUUUAAAAGUUGCUUUGUGAGUGGAUUUAAAGAGAGAAAACUCAAAGCACUAAGGUUUUGAUCAGAGGUGAAAGGAUUUUGACAAAAAUGCAAUUUUAAGAUAGCACUCUUUAACUAGUUGUGCAAUGACUUAUUCAAGUGAUCUUUAUUCAAGAAAAGAAAAGAAGUCAUUAGACUAUAAAUUUCUGGUGAAAAAGACAAGUCACAAAACUAAUCGGUGACUCUAAACAACAAUUUACUGGACGUAUUGUAUAUAUACAAUUCUAAUCACUUGUGAUUCUUAGUUAACAUUUUAUAAGCUUUGUAAUUUACAAGGGCCUCUUGUUAUUUAUCCAAAAUUAGUGUUUUUGUCCAUUCCUCUCAGCCUUUUGCAAAAAUAUGCAAGCGUGCUGAAACUUGGAUAAAACAGGCCAUGUAUACAGAGAAAAUAAUCUAAAGGUUUUCUUUUAAGAGGGUGUUAGUAGUGUCAAAUUUUUUAAAGCCCUAUGUGACCACAACAUAAGUAUAUUUUAAAGAGGAUUAAGAUUCAAUUUAAAUUAAAUGGAUUCAUAAAAUCCAUGCAGUAUUUGCUUUUGCAAUUGGAGCAUGAUUCCUCAACUAGCCGUUGCAUUUCAUUGCAUUUGUCUAAAUUAGAGUCUUUAAUUUGUAGUUAAUCGUGACAUGAAAAGCCAUCCUCUCCCUACUCCAUCAAUCUUCGCCAUCCAUUUCUGAACACGCUGAAGCACUUUGAUCUUGCCAUAAGUGUUGUCCGACACCACUGGGCUGUGUUCACUAAUGGGCAGCCUCAGCUCAGCAGCUCUCCAAUGGGGGCAAAGCAAGUUACCUCCUCCUUACCAUCAGCAGGAACCAAAUAAGAUUAGUCUUUACAACAUGAAUCUCUUUUUCAUGGCACGACAAGUAAGCACAGUGAUGUCUGCUUAGGGACAACAUUGACAUCAAAUUUUAUUAACUAGUAUGUAGGGAAGGCCUGUGUGCUACUUGGAACGUUAUUUGGUCCUUCCUCCACUCCUUUGGAGAGUACAUGAGGAUGCUCUUAGGUAAAAUGCAGCCACACAUUUUCAAGUUAUUUCAGUCUGUAGGGUAGGCUGUGAUGCACAGAACGAAUUGAAACUGGAAUCUUCUUUCUUUGAUCUCUUCUCCAUUUCACACACGUUGAAAUAGAAAAAGGGAAAUGUGACUGAGGGAAAUAUGAUUUCCCAAUUCUGUUGAAUAGAUUUAGGAAGAUAGAUAGUGGCCUCAUUUUUAAUUUUACCAGUGCCUGUCAAAGGCAAUAGAAUAAACACUAUGUAAAAGAGUAUGACAACUUUUUUUUUUUGCAAGUUUAGUUGACAGCCUAAUCAAACUGUAAAUAUAAUUACAAAUAGAGGUUCUGGGCACCAGCUCACUAAUUGGUGCCAUGUUUUCAUUUUUCUUAUUACCUUUUAAAGUUUUUAUUUUAUUCCCUUUUCAUAUCUUUAAGUAACUAGUGAAUUUAAUUUUGAAGGAGAGUUAGAGAAGCUUUAAGAUUUUACUACAGGUAUCCAACCCGCCUAGAUAGGUCCUCAACUGACACUGAAAAACAACAAGGUAUAGAGUGUAGUUCAUAACUAUUCCUUACAGAACAAACUUAACUUUAUAUACAAAUAAUAAUGUUUAACUAAUUAUAUUUAGUUGUUGCUUUAGCAACAAACCUACAACAUGGCUACCUUUAGACAUUUCUUUGUGCGUGAAAAUUUUACUUGUAAACUCUGUGUGGUUUUUGACAGAUACAGCUCAAAGCUCAGAAAUAGAUAUGGUUGAUUUUUCUUUUUAAUCCAAAUUCCCAUGUGAAAACUGAAUUUGUGUCCUUGUGUGACUUUUUUGAGCAAAAAGUUUACAACAUCCGGAUUCUAGAAUCAGGCUUUAGAGCUGAUAGAAUUUGUUGUGUGGAUAGGGUUAUUCCACAGUAUUUAGACUCCAAAACACAAUCGUAUUUAUAAUAUGCCCCGAUCUCUUUCCAUAACCUUACUUAUUCAGAAUCAUUCUAUUCAAGUAGCAUAGCUGUAGCUACAAAAAUUCUCUUUUACAAAUCUAUCCAAAUGAGGGUUAAAGAAUGACAAAAGCAUAGAUUAAAUUAAUUCAUCUUUGUGAAACCAUCCGUACAGAUACUGUGGAAUGACCCCAUAACAGUGUUGAAGAGACAUAUGCUGCAGUUAACUGAUGGUCUCAGUUAGGGUGCGAACGUGUGAGACACACCUUUUUUGCACUUAUGUACAUAGUUCAUGAAAGCGAUCCUUGGAGCAUUUUUUUUUUAAUAUAAGAAGUCUGUGAUAAUAGUGGAAAAGUUAGUAAGAGAGAGUUAUUUCUAAGGCUUUGAGAAGAAGGGUUUUUUUUUUUUUUUUUUGCUACAAGACUUAACUAAAACAUGAUGUUGCUUUGCUGUUGUGGAGGCUUUCUAGUUUGCUAGGGCUCGUCACAAGACAAGACUGGUUACAGGUUAACAGGUCAACUUCAGCUAACAGCACUAAACAAAAGUUAAGGUACUUCAGCUUUUAGCAAGAUUGCUAGCAGAGAUCGUUUGCUUUUAAAUUAAUCCUCACUGUAAACACACACAGACACACACAGACACACACACACACACACACACACAGACACACAGACACACACACCAGGCAGCAGGUUUCUGGCUGAGGUCUUCUUUUUUCAAUGGUCGCAAGGAGUUGUAAAUUGCAAGAUGGAUAUUCCCAUUCUGAUCUAGUUAGAUUUCAUCUUUCACAGAAAAGGGUCAAUUGAGAUAUAUCAGUUACAUCAAUUAAUAUGUAUUUAAGUGACAAAUUGUUAACGUUUGCCACUAUUUCCCCUUCAAGAUCCAGAAGCCAAAACCAAAUUGGCAACUACUGAAAGAUGGUAAUUCAACAGUUAAGUAUGGCCAGCACAGAGCAUUUCAUUCCCUUCAGCAAAGGAAAAAAUGCUCCUGGCACAAUUUUAUAAAUGGCUGUUUUCUGACUUACCUUUACCAGAUGAGACAGUGCUUCACUGUGCCACUUCAGCCUCCUACUCUUUUAACGAAACAGAAGAGAACUAGCCGAAAUCUUAUGUACAUCAGAGCUGUAAAAGAAUGUUUCAAUCAGAUCAUCUCUGCCAAUUUCAGCUCCCACAUCACCUACAGAUCACCAUUUAUCUUUUUGUUGCCUCCAGGCGAUGAGACCUAGAAAAGGUCGAGGUUAGAAAGGUUUAAGGAUAGAUCACCAUGAGGGCUUUGAGUCCUUCCCAUCUUGAGGCCUGUUGUCCUUACCCUGGAGAAGGAGCCCAUCUUGGGAUUGAGGGAGUUGUUAUUAGUAUUGCUACCCAUUUUGAUAGUUCUCACUUACAGAGACAGGAUAAUAAGCCAAAGCCAGAAAGCAAUCCAAGCCUUACAGUUGUCCAAUAGCUCAGGGCCAGUUGGUUAGAAAUUUCCUUUUUUUUUUUUUUUCCCCCUUGAGCCCAUAACCACUUAGAGUCAGCCUUACAGCUAACAGCCUGACCAUCUGACCGGCAUUUCCAUUGAUAGAAAAUGUAAGCAUUCAUUCCUUCUGUAGUUAGGAACUCCAACUUUAACCUUAUCACCAACAUAUUUCCCCAACUUAACCCAUGUUCUUGUGUUGACAUUUCCUUGUGAAACUAUAAGCCACACGAAUAUAUUUUCAUAAGGUCAAUAGAAAUAUAGUAAGAUUUUAAGUCAGGCAGAAUCACCUAUAAAAGAGUAAGAAUGAACCUAGAAGCAUCACAAAAGAUAACCAGUUAAUUGAUGGCAUGUGGUGCGUACUGACAGCCACUAUGUCACACUCUUUGGAGCUUAAACACAGUGCUGUCGUUUAAGUAAGUAAAAUUAGAGAAUGAAAGGACCUCUAUUAUUAAGCCCAGGAAAGGAUUUAGUUUGACUGAUUCAGUUUCCAGCCCCUCCACUUGUUCUUCCCUGAAAGAGAACCACCCAUCAAUACUCCAAAGCAGGGCUAUUCCAGAGGAAUUUUAUCUUUAAAUAGAACCCAUCCUCAAUUAUAGCAUACCUAAAAGGAAAAAAGGUAUCACUGUGAAAUAAGUCACAGCUAUAUCAUUAUUACUUUAAUUUAAAAAGAACCAACUCUGUAACAAGACCUAAAAGUAACCCAACUUUAAGCAGUGCUCUUUUCUCCCCAAACAAACACACAACCUAAAACAUUUUUCUGUCAUAGAACUGCAUGAUUCCAAAGCUUUAUUUCGGUAUACAGAUGCUGUUUGUUACUGAUGGAAACCAAAUUAUUUUGUUGCUGUGUCUUUUGAGUCUAGCAGUUGAGAGAAUUACAUGACCACUAAUUAUAUCAUUGGACUCUGGGAUUGCCCUUUUCAAAAUAAGUUUCCUUUUAUUAUUGUUGUUGCUUUAAUUAUUAGAAAAUGAACCAUUUGUGACAUGCCCCCAAAUUACAAUAAUUUAAAUAAGUUUUCUUAAAAAGAUGCUCCAAGAUAUACUCUUUUAAAGGACUAAUUUUAUGCAUUUGUAUAAGAACAAUCCAGUAUAAUGUAGAAAAUGGAAGCACAUAUUUUGGGCAGAAAAAUGCCAAUUUAAAAAUACUUAUCAAUAAGAAAAUUACUAGCCCUGUGCAGCACUUACAGAUGUAAAUAAUGAUCACUGUAUUUAAUAAAUAUAAACUGUUCCCAUAAUAUUUUGCCUCCAGAAUGCAAUAGCUCAUUCCCUCAACUGCUAUCAGUAGGGCAGAUGCUUUGAUUUGUGGGGGUUUUUUUUUUUUUCAAGUUACAGUGCUGUACUGCUUGUUUGUGUUUAGAAGUGUGCAUUAUGCAAUUCAUUUUAGUAUGCUAUUUCUAUGUUGUUUAUUUUUUGUUCUUUCAAUAAAAUAUAUAAAUUUC